AUGUCGCUGGAGAAGAUCACGACCAUCUCUCCCAUUACGAACAAGCCAGUUGUCACACGCAAUGGCCUUUCAGAUGCAGAUCUCCAAUCAUUGCCUGAAACAGCCGCCACUGCGUUCGAGUCCUAUCGACGCACAUCGCUCGCUGAAAGGAAAGAGAUUGUCAAGAAAGCUCUAAAACUGCUCAAUGACCGCCAGGACGUGCUGGGCAAGGAGAUCACUGAGCAGAUGGGCCGUCCUAUCGCGUACACUGCCAAAGAAGUUACUACAGCGGUGAUGCGCGGCGAAUAUCUACUCAAGAUUAGUGACGAGACACUUCAAGAUACUCCAGGCGAGGCGGAAAAAGGUUUCAAGCGCUACAUCAAGAAAGUCCCGCUUGGGCCCGUAUUGAUCUUGUUUCCAUGGAACUACCCGUAUCUGACCCUCAUCAACUCGCUAGUACCUGCCCUGCUCGCCGGCAACUCGGUCAUCCUGAAGCCAUCCCCGCAAACGCCUACCAGUGCCGAGCAGAUACAGGAGAUCUUCAAGGAAGCCGGAUUGCCUGAUGGUGUGCUUCAAAUCUUCCACAGCGGUUCCAUCGUCCAGAUUGAGUCGAUCGCGCGUUCGCCCAAGAUCCAACUGGUUUGCUUCACUGGAUCGGUGGCCAAUGGCCUUGCGGUUCAGCAGGCUGCAAAUGACCGCGUACCGCUACGAGUGGGUCUUGAGCUUGGAGGCAAAGAUCCUGCAUAUGUACGCUCCGAUGUUGACGUCAAGUGGGCCGCGGAAGAACUUGUAGACGGCGCUGUCUUCAACUCUGGUCAGAGUUGCUGCAGUGUCGAGAGGGUAUAUGUCGACGAAAAGAUACAUGAUGAAUUCGUAUCGGCGCUUCAAGACGUACUCAGCGGAUACAAGCUUGGCGAUCCAUUCGAUAAGAACACACACGUUGGCCCAGUAGUCUCCAAGCGAUCAGCAGAGACGAUUCAGGCGCACGUUAAGGAUGCUCUGGAAAAGGGUGCCAAGGACGCUACCCCAGACAACGACAGUUUCAAGAAUCCACCUGCAGAUGGCAACUAUGUGGCUCCGACACUCUUGACAAAUGUCACACAUGACAUGACCGUAAUGACAGAGGAAACCUUCGGUCCUGUCAUCCCGGUCAUGAAGGUGAAGAAUGACGCGGAAGCAAUCAAAUUGAUGAACGACAGCCAAUUCGGACUGACGGCCAGCAUUUGGACCAAAGAUGUGAACAAGGGUCACGAGCUUGCCGAUGACGUCGAGGCUGGCACGGUCUUCGUCAACCGAUGCGACUACCCCGCACCGGAUUUGGCGUGGGUCGGGUGGAAGGACUCUGGGCGAGGUCAGACGCUGAGCAAGUUCGGCUUCGAUCAGUUCGUCAAGCUCAAGAGCUACCACGUCAAGGAUUACCCGAAAUAG